AUGUCGGAAGAGGAAGAUCCAGGAGAAAUACAGGUGGAAAUCCAAGAUGGGCAGAGAGAAGAGACUCAAGGAGAGGAUGACUACUUUCGAUCAUAUUCCGAUGUUUCAGUGCAUGAGCUGAUGCUGAGGGAUCACCCAAGAUUGAUAGCGUACCGCGACGGUAUCGAGAAGAACGCUCAGCUGUUCCAAGGGAAGAUUGUGCUUGACGUUGGAUGCGGAACAGGAAUUAUGUCGAUGUUUGCAGCGAGAGCAGGUGCCAGGAAAGUGUACGCUGUGGAGGCCAGCAACAUAUAUGAAAAAGCCGAGGCAUUAGUCAGGGAGAAUGGCUUUUCCGACAAGAUUCAAGUCAUCCAUGACGUCAUUGAGAAUGUCGAGCUGUCAGAGAAGGUUGACAUCAUUAUCUCAGAGUGGAUGGGGUUUUACCUACUCCACGAAUCUAUGCUGGGCUCCGUCAUUGACGCAAGGGAGAGGUUUCUAAAAGAAGACGGCAAAAUGGUCCCUUCAAGUGGAAAGAUCUACAUUUGCCCAGUUGCCAUGGAGCAAUUUAGAAAGCAAAAUGUUGAUUUCUGGCAGUCAUACUAUGGUUUGAAUUUUUCAUCCAUCGGAGAAGAAAUCAUGACAGCCAGGAUGGCUACGCCAUUUGUCGAGCAGAUUUCAUCAUCUGAGUUGCUCAGCAAACCACAAGAGUUUGCAAACAUUGAUUUCAACAGAAUUGAAAGGUCGCAACUCGUUAGUCUCACAGGAGAAUUUUCCUUCGGAAUCGAAAGAGAUUCAGAGUUGGCAGGCUUUGCAUUCUGGUUUGAUUGUGACUUCACGCUUGAUUCUCCAUCACCAAUCAUUCUCGAUACGGCUCCAUCGAGCGAACCAACCCACUGGAAGCAAACGACUGUAUUCCUCGGGGUCUUCGCUCAAGUUCAGAAAGGAGAACAAGUAGACGUAAAAGCGACAAUGCUGCAGGACGAGAUGAAUCCUCGACAUUACAAGAUUUCAAUACAAACGUAA